UUCAAAAUCAAAAGCUAGGGUUUAGCCCAUCACCCCAAAACAUGAAGCGUAAAUUUUCCGAACGCAUCCCCAAAGCUCCAUGGCAGAUCCAAUCUCCUUCACCGCGAGGUCAUCGGCUUCGUCGCAGCUCCGAUUCCCGGUUCCCCAUCACAACGCCCCCAACAACCACAGGUUCUCGCUCCCAAACCCUAGAAUGGAUCUCAGCUCCAUAGUCCAAUUAGUUGUCCAAACUGAAAUUUAUGCUCAAUUUAUAGAUAUCAGCGGCAAGAAAGGAGUCAAAUUUACGAAUCUCGAUGACGAAAAUCGCAGACCCCCAAGAACUGAAUCUGAUAAUGCGAAGACUUCCGAGUAUGCAUUCUUCAAGAAAUUGAAGGAAGAUGCAAGCCACAAACAUCACUCCUGUUCUGAGAGCAAAGAGGCGUACCGAGGAAGCAAUUCAAAGCCGAGAGGCAGUUCCAGAGAUAGGACUAAUAUGGUUCGGAAUAAGAGCGACGACGUCAGGUCCUCAGUGUUCAACAAAGAUGUCACAGAAGAUAGCUUUGAGUCAUCUCACGCACUACCUGGUAGUGCAUCGAGAAACUCAGGAUCAAAUAGGACGAGAGCUCAAGCAACGUUGGAGGAUUUACACAGGAAAAAGAAAUAUAUGGUAGAGGAAACAGAAAACACCUUGAACCCUAAAGGAAAAGGGUUAGAUCUCUUUGAAGAGACAGAAACUCAAUGCAGGCAUGCAAACGUUUUUGAUAGGAAGAGACAGAAAUUACUUCAUUGGGUCAGAGAAACCUCCAUUCCCGAAAUUGAUUACGGGUCCAGUUUGGUUUCUGUCCUCCUCAGUCGGCUGAUCCCCACGAGCAAUGGGAACAAUAAUGUUAAGAAUCCAAAGUUAAUGAAAGUGGUGCCCGUUGACGAGUCUAUGCCACUUCCAUCCUUUGAGUCAGAUAUUCAUUUCAAGGAACUUCAAUUGGCACCUACUAAAAGAUUUAUGGAUCUUGGUUGUGACCCUUAUUUCGGUGAUGCGACAUUAUCUUGUAGGACAAAGAGAUCAAGAAAUAUGGUUUCCUGCUCCUAUUCUCCAACUAGUGAUGCUUACAAGAACCAUCUUGAUUACACAGUGUGGGAACCUAACUCUGAAUUACUAGGAGGAAGUGCAAUUUUAUGUCCGAAUAGUGAUUCAUAUUCUAUUCUCCCAUUCAAAGAAUAUGGAUUGGUGACAUCUGGCUAUGUCAAAGAGUCGGAUAUAUUCUAUCAGCCACCUGAAUAUAUGGUUGGAAGAGAGCCAUGCACUCCUAUGCUGGGUUGGGAUUUUGAUAGGAUAGAUGAAGAAAGAAAAUUAUUUAACUUGUCAAGAGACAGAGCAGACUCUGAACUACUAGGAAGUAGUACAAUGUCAUGUCCUAUGAUUGAUUCAGAUUAUGUUCUUCCAUUCAGGGAAUAUGGAUUGAGGGAACCUAGCCAUGUUAAAGAGCUGGAUGUAUUCUGUCAGCCAAAUGAAUUUAUGGUUCGGGAAGAGCUAGGUGCUCCUAUGCUGGGUUGGGAUUUUGAUAGCACAGAUGAAGAAAGAAAAUUAUCUAACUUGUCAAGAUACAGAGUGGAGUCUAAACUACUAGGUAGUAGUCCAAUGUCAUGUCCUAUGAUUGAUUCAGAUUAUGUUCUUCCUUUCAGGGAAUAUGGAUUGAGGGAAACUAGCCAUGUUAAAGAGCUGGAUGUAUUCUGUCAGCCGAAUGAAUAUAUGGUGCGGAAAGACCUAUGUGUUCCUAUGCUGGGUCGGGAUUUUGAUAGCACAGAUGAAGAAAGAAACUUAUCUAGCUUAUCAAGAUAUAGAGCUGACUCUGAAUUACUGGGAGGUACUGCAAUUUCAUGCUCUAUGAGUGAUGUAGAUUCUGUGCUUCCAUUUAAAGAAUAUGGAUUGAGGGCAUCUAGCCAUGCCGAAGAGCUGGAUGUUUUCUAUAAGCCAAACAAAUAUUUCGUUGGAAGAGAAACUUGCGCUCUGAUGCUAGGUUGGGAUUUUGACACCGCGAAAGAAAGAAACUCAUCUAACCUAUCAAGACGUACAGCUGGACACACAUCUGCAUGCAUAGCCGGUUAUCACAGCCAUGAUGACGAAAGACUGUGUCUUGAAGGCAAGUAUGAACUACAAUCAGAUUUUCACCAAAUUGAGCUCCCCUUAAACCUAUCAUGCAUACCAACCCUUCUAAAUCGAGCCUGGGGUUGCAUUGAUGACGGAGUAUGGGAAGGUGGCACAACGUUCUUUUCUCUCCAAAAUGACCAUUGGUUUAGGCGGAAGAUUAUCAAUGAGAGGCUUCCUUAUCCUAAUGCAGAAUCUCUCCUUCAACUAGGUGGUUCCUCGGGGGAUAAUUAUUCAUCUACUUGUCAAGCUCUACAAUUUCCCAGAGAGGAAAUAUCUUCCCAGCUUCUUACUUGUGAUGAUAUGAACAUCAGAUGCCUGAAUGACUCACCUCAUAAAAGAACUCCUACUCAUUUCAUCAAAGAUAAUGUCAACGUCCACGACAGCUCAGCCCUUUGCCUCCAGAUAUCGCUCGACAGACAGAAGGCUCAGCCCUUGGGGAUUGAUAUUGACAAGCCAAGCUGGGAUGGGAGUGAAAAGGAGAUAAGUUUUAAUGAUGGUGAUGUCAAUUAUAUUAAAUUGUAAAGUGUAAUGGCUACAUUGGAAACUUCAAAUUUUGGGGCUGAGAUUAGUUUUCAGGAUUGCAGCAUUAUGUUCAGGGACCAGUUGCUACAUCCAUAUGAAUCACAGUUCUGCCUUCUUUGACUUUCUGAUGAAUUGAUGAUCAUUAAGCAUCGUGGGUUAAAUGCUUUGUUUUAGUGCGUUAGGCAUGUCCAGCCAUUAUUAUCUGAGCAGGUGCUUGCUAAUUGCUUUGUCUACUUUUAGCAGAAAGGAUGCAACUUGACAUUUUGCCCCAGUGUAUGUUGACGUCAACUUCUAGUCUCAACAGCAUUGAUCGCAUCUCUCAAGUGGCGCGGGAUGCAGGUGGAAGUCUAGUGUAGGGUUGUUCUACUUACAUGAACAAGUUCUAGCAUUUCCCAAUGUGUAAGCUGUAAAUAUGGUACAAAUAGUUUUGAAUACGUCGUUAAAACUCAAAGUAUUGUACAUGUGGGGGGUUACGUAUCAAUUCAAACUAUACUGUUUUCAUGAUUUCUAUUGAAACAAGGGAUGUGUUGCUAGGAUCAUCCAAGAAAAUUAAAUGAGAGUUCUUCAUAUUGCUUCC